AUGGAGAUCAUCACCAAGCGCCCCAGGGAGAGGCGGGGCAAUGCCGCCGACGGCGAGCCGCUCCCGCAGCUGCUCGACUCGCCGCUCCCCACGCCGCGCCGCUCGUGCGCCUCCGCGGACGCGCCCGGCAGCAGCCUGCGGUGCGCCGCCUCGCCGCUGCGCACGCAGGUGCCCUUCUCCUGGGAGAGCUCCCCUGGCGUGCCCAAGAGCGGCAGGGACACGCGGGAGGAGACGAUGCCGCCGCCCAAGCUGCCGCCCGGGCGCUGGCCACCGCAGUGCCCCACGAGGACGAACUGGUGCUACGGCAACGGGAGCGAGGCCAGCAGCGACGACUGCGACGCGUCGUCCUUCUCCGACGCCCUGGAUAGGACGUCCUCCUCGCCCGCGCGGAUCGGCUCCUUCGACCGGGUCACGUCCAAGCGCUUCGAGGACAUCUUCCUCGGCCGCGCCGAGAGCUUCGCCAAGGACCGGUCCCACUCCUCCCGCCACGCGCCCACGGGCGAGCCCAGCGCCGUCGUCGCCGCGUCGUCGUCCUCGGCGAGACACACGAAGCACUGGCGUCGACGCGGCAGCUCGCGCCCCCACGAUGACGACGACGGGGAGUGGCCGAAGAGCAACGACCCCGUGAAGGUCAUGCCGCGCGUCGAGCAGAUGUCCCCGAGAGCAUGCGGGCUCAUGGUGUUCUUCCCAUGGAGCGCGAAGCGGGCGGCCUGCGGGUUCAAGAGCCCGUCGACGACGCGUCACUCCGUCGCCGUUGAUCAUUCGCCCUCCCGCGGCCGCAGCAACCCCACCCUGCGCGACGCUCUGCAGGAGGACAACAAGACCGACGACAUGGACGUGCAAGACCCACCGCCGCAGCCGCGCGGGGAGAAGAGGAGCCGCGCGGAAUGGCAGGGCCGCGGGUGGGGCGUCUCGUCGCUGCUCGACACGAGCAAAAGGUACUGCACCGACGCACGGAAGGCCCUGAGCAAGCUAUCCAUCGGAUUGGGCGCUGACAGUGGCAGCGCGAGAGUUGGCAGGGAAAGGAGGAGCGGCACGCAGGAUGCCACGUCCACAACGACGACCGCGCCCGUCGUCGGCGCCAAGCUGACGAAACUCAACUCUAACAGAAAUUAA